AUGCCCCAGACUGUGUGCUCUGGCACCAUGUUCACGACUCCUAGUGGCUUCAGCCCCCAUCUGGCCUGCGCUGAGCCUGAGGAGGAGGAGGAGGCUGCACAGGAGGGCCAGGGGCCCGCGGCUUGCCUGGCUGACGGACCCCCCAUCAGCUCGGCCUCAUUGGAAACCCUCAUUCAGAAUCUCGUGCCUACUGCUGAUUACUACCCCGAGAAAGCCUAUGUGUUUACAUUCCUGCUGAGCGCCCGUCUGUUCAUCCCUCCUCCGGAGUUGUUGGCACGUGUGUGCGAGCUGUGCAUCAAGCAGCAGCAGCUGGACCAGAGCCCACUUGAUACGGCAAAAGUGCGCAAGUUUGGUCCUAAGAUCUUGCAGCUGCUAACAGAGUGGACAGAAACAUUCCCGUCUGACUUUAAGGAUGAGAAGAUGGUCGGACUCCUUAAAGACAUCAUCCACAGGAUAGCUCCCUGCGAUGAGGCCUAUUGGAAAACCUUAAACCAGGUGCUGCAGAAGCUGAACCAGAGGUUGGCCUUCAUGAGUCAGGGGGAGGAGAGCAUUGUCAAGGUCUCUCUGAAUGCCUCCUACAUCUCUGACAAGCUCGUGGCCUUCAAGACCAAGCCCCCGCCCAUCCAGAAGGACAUGCUAUCCAUCUGCAAUGACCCUUACACACUGGCACAGCAGCUGACACACGUGGAACUGGAACAUUUGAGUCACAUUGGACCGGAGGAGUUUGUUCAAGCUUUUGUUCAAAAAGACCCCCUAGAUGGAACUCGGCCGUGCUUCAGUGACCAGAAGAAGAAAACUUCCAACCUGGAGGCGUAUGUCAGGUGGUUCAACAGGCUGUGUUACCUGGUAGCAACGGAGAUCUGCAUGCCUGCAAAAAAGAAACAGAGAGCCCUGGUGAUAGAGUUUUUCAUUGAUGUGGCCAGAGAGUGUUUCAACAUCGGAAACUUCAACUCACUAAUGGCCAUCAUCUCUGGUAUGAAUAUGAGUCCUGUGUCGAGACUGAAGAAGACCUGGGGCAAGGCCAAGACUGCUAAAUUCUUCAUUUUGGAGCACCAGAUGGAUCCUACAGGAAACUUUUACAACUAUAGGACAGCCCUGAGGGGCGCCGCCCAUCGCUCUCAGACGGCCAACAGCAACAGAGAAAAGAUUGUGAUCCCCUUCUUUAGCUUGCUCAUUAAAGAUAUUUACUUCCUGAAUGAAGGAUGUGCCAAUCGACUUCCGAAUGGCCACGUUAACUUUGAGAAAUUUUUGGAGUUGGGCAGGCAAGUGGGGGAAUUCAUCAUCUGGAAGCAAGUGGAGUGUCCAUUUGAGAAAGAUCAAGCCAUCCUACAUUACCUCCACACUGCCCCUAUCUUCAGUGAGGAUGGACUCUACCUUGCAUCCUAUGAGAGUGAGAGUCCAGAGAACCAGGUUGAAAAAGACAGGUGGAAAGCUCUCAGGUCAAACGUUCUGGGAAAGACAUGA